UCUCACAUGAAAACACUCUCACAGUUCCGGACCGGAGCACAAUCAAAGAAGUUUAGCGGCAAUGGCGACCAGCAAAAUUCCAGACCAUCUUCCUUCUCCUGCCGAAGACUGUGAACAGCUUCGCAAAGCUUUCCAAGGAUGGGGAACGAACGAGGACUUGAUCAUAUCCAUUUUGUCCCACAGAAAUGCAGCUCAAAGAAGCUUAAUCCGGAAAACAUAUGCUGAGACAUAUGGUGAAGAUCUUCUUAAAGAACUAGACAAGGAACUUACGAGUGAUUUUGAGAGGAUUGUACUUCUGUGGACAUUAGAACCUGCAGAUCGUGAUGCAUUUUUGCUUAAUGAAGUAACUAGGAUCUUAGCCUCAAACAAUUUGGUUAUUGUGGAAAUAGCUUGCACUCGAACAUCAAUCGAACUAAUCAAGGUGAGACAGGCUUAUCAUGCCCGUUACAAGAGAUCUCUUGAAGGAGAUGUUGCAUAUCAUACUUCUGGAGAUAUCCGCAAGCUUUUGGUCCCUCUGAUUACCUCGCUCCGAUACGAAGGAGAUGAAGUGAACACAACCUGGGCAAAAUCAGAGGCUAAAAUACUCCAUGAGAAGAUAGCAGACAAGGAAUACAAUCAUGACGAACUAAUUAGAAUUCUUACGACAAGAAGCAAAACCCAAUUACUUGCAACGCUUAAUCACUAUAAUAACGAGUAUGGCAAUCCCAUCAACAAGGAUUUGAAGGCUGAUCGAAACGAUGAGUACCUGAAGUUACUGAGAACAACCAUCAAGUCUUUGACCUUUCCAGAAAGACACUUUGCAAAAAUUCUUCGUUUGGCAAUCAACAAAUUGGGGACAGAUGAGUGGGCACUUGCUAGGGUCGUUGCCUCUCGAGCUGAAAUCGAUAUGGAGCGCAUCAAAGAGGAAUAUUAUCGUAGGAACAGCGUUCCUCUGGAUCGUGCCAUUGCUAAAGACACUUCUGGAGACUACGAGAGAAUGCUUCUCGAGUUGAUUGGACAUGGUGAUGCUUGAGGUACCCUCUUUUUCAGGAAAGUUACUCUGCUCUUUUUCUUUUUUCUUAAAACAAAAAAAACCAUAUUCAUCUGUUUCUUUGCUGGCUUGUUAGAACUUUGAAUAUGGAGAAACAAAUGUCAUCUACAAUAUGUAGGAUUUCGGGGUGGAAGAGUUCGAUAAGUAGUUUGUCUCACCUCAUCUUCAUGUCUUUCUUUCUUGUAUUGUGUAUUAAGGGAUAUUUUCUUCAGG